UGCAGCAUUCAGCGCUCAUCAGCACAUCGCUCCAGGAGCAGAUCUCACAGCGGCAGGGGAAAGGCAGGGAGCAUCCUGUAGGGAGGAGGUCGUAUGUCGAUUCGCCGAGGUGCCUGCCUGGGAAAUUGAAUGAAACGCUGCAAGGGACGGCUUUUAGAUAUUUUUUGGGCCUGUCAAUUUGGCUCCGUUUAAUCUCGAUUACAUCGGUUUUUCAUUCACUGUGAAAUAGAGUCUUUUAUUUAUCCCACAAGAUGGGCAAUCGGGGAAUGGAGGACUUGAUUCCUCUGGUAAACCGACUGCAGGACGCGUUCUCUGCCAUCGGACAAAAUGCCAACCUGGACCUUCCUCAGAUCGCAGUGGUCGGCGGUCAGAGUGCUGGGAAGAGCUCGGUAUUGGAGAACUUCGUUGGGAAGGAUUUUCUGCCUCGUGGCUCUGGUAUUGUCACUCGGCGCCCCCUAGUGCUGCAGCUCAUCAACUGCCCUACUGAAUAUGCAGAGUUUUUGCAAUGCAAAGGGAAGAAGUUUACCGAUUUUGAUGAGGUUCGUCAGGAGAUUGAGGCAGAAACAGAUCGCCUGACUGGCCAAAACAAAGGCAUUUCACCAGUCCCUAUCAGUUUGCGUGUCUAUUCGCCUCAUGUUUUGAAUCUCACCCUUGUGGACUUGCCUGGUAUGACCAAAGUGCCGGUAGGUGACCAGCCACCUGACAUUGAGUUUCAGAUCAGGGAUAUGCUAAUGCAGUUUGUGACUAAGGACAACUGUUUGUUGCUGGCUGUGUCUCCGGCCAACUCUGACCUGGCCAACUCAGAUGCCCUCAAGAUUGCUAAGGAGGUGGACCCUCAGGGCAUGAGAACUAUAGGUGUUAUCACUAAAUUAGAUCUAAUGGAUGAAGGAACGGAUGCACGUGACAUCCUGGAGAACAAGCUUCUUCCUUUACGCAGAGGCUACAUUGGGGUUGUGAACCGCAGUCAGAAGGACAUUGAUGGCAAGAAGGACAUCAAUGCUGCAAUAGCAGCGGAGAGGAAGUUCUUCCUCACCCACCCAGCCUACAGACACCUGGCUGAUCGCAUGGGGACUCCCUACCUGCAGAAAGUUCUUAACCAGCAAUUAACUAACCACAUCCGAGACACUCUGCCAGGACUGAGGAAUAAACUUCAGAGCCAGCUGCUGUCUAUUGAGAAAGAGGUGGAGGAGUACAAGCAUUUCUGUCCCGAUGAUCCUUCUCGCAAAACCAAGGCUCUGCUACAGAUGGUGCAGCAGUUCGCAGUGGAUUUUGAGAAGUGCAUUGAGGGUUCAGGAGAUCAGGUGGACACAGUGGAGCUGUCCGGAGGUGCAAGGAUCAAUCGCAUCUUCCAUGAGCGCUUCCCCUUUGAGCUGGUUAAGAUGGAGUUUGAUGAGAAAGAGCUGCGUAAGGAGAUCAGUUACGCCAUCAAGAACAUCCACGGAAUCAGGACCGGUCUGUUUACUCCAGACAUGGCCUUUGAGACUAUUGUUAAACGGCAGAUUGCAAAGAUCAAGGAGCCGUGUCAGAAAUGUGUGGACCUUGUCAUCACUGAGCUGGUCAAUACAGUCAGGCAGUGCACCAAGAAGUUGGCUCAGUACCCCAUGCUUAGAGAGGAAAUGGAGAGGAUUGUCACCCAGCACAUCCGCGAUCGAGAGAGUCGCACUAAGAAUCAGGUCAUGUUGCUAAUUGACAUCGAGCUAGCCUACAUGAACACCAAUCAUGAGGAUUUCAUCGGUUUUGCAAACGCCCAGCAGAGAAGCAGUCAGAUGAAUAAGAAGAAGGCUGCUGGCAACCAGGAUGAGAUAAUGGUGAUCAGAAAGGGUUGGCUGACCAUCAAUAACAUUGGCAUCAUGAAAGGAGGAGCGAAGGAAUAUUGGUUUGUCCUGACCGCUGAGAAUCUGUCCUGGUACAAAGAUGAUGAGGAGAAAGAGAAGAAGUACAUGCUUCCAUUGGACAACCUGAAGCUCAGAGAUAUAGAGAAGAGUUUCAUGUCAAGCAAGCACGUGUUCGCUCUCUUUAACACUGAACAGAGGAAUGUGUAUAAAGACUACAGGCAACUUGAGUUGGCUUGUGACACCCAGGAGGAGGUGGACAGCUGGAAGGCAUCCUUCCUACGAGCUGGAGUUUACCCAGAGCGCAUCACUGAUAAAGAGAAGCAGAGUGACGCUAGUGAGGAGAACAGUUCAGAUGGCUUCAUGCACUCCAUGGAUCCUCAGCUUGAGAGGCAGGUGGAGACCAUCAGGAACCUUGUGGAUUCCUACAUGGCCAUCAUCAACAAGACUGUGCGGGACCUCAUGCCCAAGACCAUCAUGCAUCUCAUGAUCAACAACACUAAAGAAUUCAUCCAUGCUGAUUUGCUGGCUAACUUAUACUCAUGUGGAGACCAGAACUCUCUUAUGGAGGAGUCAGCAGAACAGGCUCAGCACAGGGAGGAGAUGCUGCGCAUGUACCACGCUCUGAAAGAGGCCCUCAGCAUCAUCGGGGACAUCAGCACCACCACUGUCUCCACUGCCAUGCCCCCGCCGGUGGAUGACUCUUGGCUCCAGGUACAAGGAGUACCUUCAGGACGCAGAUCUCCAAUGUCUAGUCCCACUCCCCAGCGUCGGGCCCCACCUGGGCCCCCUCGUCCAGGUGGACGUACCGUCCCAGGACCCCUUACCGCUGGAGCACCUCCUGUUCCAUCCAGACCUGGAGCCUCUCCUGACCCCUUCAGCGGCCCCCCGCCGCAGGUCCCCUCUCGUCCCAACCGCGCCCCACCAGGUGUCCCCAGCCCUUCUGCCCUGCCCUGAUCCCUGGUCUUUAACACAAGAAAGACAGAUCAGCAGCACUCUUUCUGCUAUUUCUACUUCUCUCACCUGUCAUAAUCUAUCACUUUUUCUCAGCUCACACACUCCUACACACACAGCCUAACUCAGAGCCUCGCACUAAUAAACCACUCACACUUUUUUUCACCUCCGCUGGUUUGCUUUUUCCAUCUCCUUGACAUGACUCUAUGUGCAUAUUCAUUCAAAUGUUGUUUUAACUCAUUGAGUUCAUGUAUUGUUUGUAUAUAAUACAUAGCAACAUCAGCUUUGUGAGAUCAUUCUCUGAUGAUAUACGUGUUUAGGAGGAAAAUAUAAGGGAAUCAGACCAAUUAAGACCAUUGCCUCUUUUCUGUUGACUCAUGUUCUCCUCAAACUCAGUCCCACUAAAUCCCUUCCACAAUGAUUCUUUCAGAAUUUCUAUCAGUGACCGAUGAGGCGUUACACAAAUGGUAUGUCUGACAUAUUGUCCUUAUGUGACGUCACCACGUCCUUGCAUGGUUCCAUCUUUAAAUGUGUUAAUAUCUGCUGUUCCCUGACACUUACUGUACCAUUCACUAGAUAUGAGUACACCAGCCUAUUACUGUCAGUUCAUUUGUUCAAAGUGUUUUAUUUUUCUAAUGUUUUUAUUUUAACCGUUCGUGGAACUGCCAUUUAAUUUUAUAAAGAAAAGAUGCCACCUGAUUGAACAACUCAAGUCUUAAAGAGAUACUCCACCCCACCCCAUACUCCACCCCAGUGGUUCAACCGUAGCUUCAUUUUAUUUUAUGUUGUUCCUAAUUGUGUGUCCUUUCCCCUGUUGUCUGUCUGUCCUUCUGUUUGUACGUCUGCAUCCAUCAAUCUGUCUGUUGUCAUCUUUGAAGUCGGAGAGUGCCAGCCUCCUCCACCAGAUCCAACAGAGACUCGCUCACCGAGCAUUAACACUGGCGGUCAGCAGACAGAGGCAAACCACUGACUCCUCAGCCACUAUAUCACAUUCAUGCACACAAGCACAGUCCACAUACAUAUCACGUUUACUUGAAAGAGUAUUAUCUCUUCUACAAAUAUACACCAGGAAUGAACAUCAGAAACAAUAUAGAUUGGUCUAAUAAUUGUACCAUUCACAUGAACGCAGAUGUGGUGCCAUUGUAUUCCAUUACCAGCAUAUAUCCUGUAUUUGGAAAUGAAUAACACUAUUUAUAAAAUGUACAGGGAUUGUCAGUAUAAACCAGCCUCUUUCACUGUUUGCUUCAAUAUUCAUGCACAUGACUGCUAGAUGAGACUGACAUGUUUUGCCUUUACUAGUCACAACUAAGCCUUAACCAGCAUCUGACCAGUUCUUAACCCCUCGAUACACUUGCCCUGCAUAUUUUUCUUAAAAUAUACCAUGUUACCGGUCCUGCUGUUUCACUGACACUUUCAUUUUGUUGCAGUCUUAUUUUAUUUCUUAACGAUUAGCAAGUUUCACCCUUUUUAAAUUGCCUUCUAUUAAAU